CCGUAAUCUCAUGGUUAGUUAGUUCAUGUAUUUAUUUUUAAUUCGUUAAAAUAAUCUAGAUUAGCAACUUAAGAUUGAAGUCAUUAUGACAGCAAUCAAAAUGAAUUAUUUUGUCCUUGUAAUAGGUAUAUCAUUCUUGUUGAAUACUGUUUAUCUUGUAAAUGGCCUUUCUAAAGACAGUGGUUGUGGAUCGUCAAUUGGAUGCUGGGGAGACUGUGUUAAUCAUGGUUGUACAUAUUUACUUACCUGGACGGCUGGGAUAUCGGAUGUUGCUUUUACAAUAACAGUCAAUCUAUCAUCAAAUGCUGACCAAUGGGCAGGUUUUGGAUUAUCAACGUCAUCAUCAAUGUCGACAUAUGGUUUAACAGGUACCUCGGGAAGUUACAGUGGCAACAUUCUGGGAUGUGGAUUGACAAGAAGCAACACGAACUCUGACCCAAAGGUUUUUGAUCUGACUAAUGACUACUAUAUCAUGUUUGCAAGAGGGACAGUCACAGGAGGGAACAAAGACAAGCAUUCAGUAACUGACAGAACCUCUUUAAAGGUGGACCUUCAGUCGACGAUUGAUAUCGUUGGAGGAGGUGUGGAGAAGAUAGAACCUUUCAAAUCAAUAAUGAUCAUGUUAAGCCUCUCCAGAAUUAUAAUGAAACAAUUUCCAACACACAAAAUGAAUGGAAUGACCUGCCAAAAGCUAUGGACAAGUUUGAUUACUUGAUCAAUUAUUGUACGAAAUAAAAUUUAGGUAUAUACCCAUUAUUUCGGAACUACGGGGUCAAACA